AUGCCGACCGUCCGCAGCACGUAUUCACUCCGCCUCCGAUGCCUCGUCGCCGUUCUAAUCGUACCGCGAUUCUUUUCCAGACGGAAGAAAAAGUGCAUACGAUACAUGGAGGCAGGCGGCGACCCGAACGACGGCAACCAAUCCGACGACAAUCUAGGCAGCUGCGGCAGCAUGGGCGACGCUCACACCCCGCCCGAAGACGACGACGCCGAAAGCCUGACGACGCGCAGCGUGUCAAGCCCCGGCGGUCUAUCGGUGCUGAGCUCGCUGACCAGCCCGGGAGGCGGCCUGGUGAUGCCCAGUCCGAGCACCAGCGCCGCCUCGCCCAGUAUCGUCAGCGUCAGCAGUCCCUACAUGCUGCAGAGCCCGCUGACGCCGCACGAACAGUUCGAGGUCAAGUUGCCGCAUGCUCAUGAUCAAUUUGACGUCAAGUUACCGCAUGCGCAUGAUCAGUUUGACGUCAAGUUGCCGCCGCCGGCGCGGCAUCCUGUGGGGACGAAUCCGCACGAUGUGAACAAUCCGUUGAGCGUGAAUCAGUUGACGGGACAGUGCGUGCGGAACGAUCAGACUGACGGUAACGGUAACAACAAAGAGACCAGGUCGAUUAUAAGCGUUACGUAG